AUGGGGGACUUUGCCUCCCCGGCCACGGGGCCACAAACCAACACCGUGACCCCGGUCCGUCCGGCACAGUUUGCUGUGGCCGUUCCCCCCUCUGCCUUCCUGCUCCGGGCUCCUCCCAGUCUCUAUCAACUCCGUGACGGUCACGUUAUCGUCGGGGGGGUGGAGGAGGAGGUGGGGGGGGGGGGGUGUUGUAGUCGGUGUGUGAGCACUGCGCUCUGCUUCCGACCAGUCACCGUCUCCCUCCGCUCCCCGCACCGAGAUCACUCACAGAGCGCACGGACGGGAAAGCCGAGCGCUGGGGUCCGAACCAGGAGCUUAAUCCCCGAAAAUCCCACCGUCGAAUUCUCUUCGCCGGACAGCCGGACAGGCCGGACCGACCGGACGGACCGGACCGGACCGGACCGGACGGACCCGGGAUCGCCAAGUUGUCACUCGCUUACGAAUCGCCUCCACAACAUGUACGGUCCUGCACUCCAGACGCCCCAGUCAGGCUUUUCUCACAGAAACCGAACCCCUGUCUGUACCCCCCUCCUCCUCAUCCCCACCGGAGUCAUGAUGGACGCGAGCUGGAAGAACUGCUUCGAGGAGGAGCUCCUGUGCCCCAUCUGCCUGAACGUGUUCGAGGAGCCCAUCCAGCUGCCGUGCAAGCACAACUUCUGCCGGGGCUGCAUCUCGGAGGCGUGGGCCAAGGAGAGCGCGGCGGUGCGCUGCCCGGAGUGCAACCGCGACUACGAGCGCAAGCCCGCGCCCGAGAAGAACUUCAAGCUGGCCAACAUCGUCAAGCGCUUCAACGCGCUCAACGCCGACAAGGGCCCCCCCGCGCCGCUCCACUGCGUGCUGUGCCGCCGGGGGCCCCCCCUGCCCGUCCGGAAGGUGUGCCUGCGCUGCAAGGAGCCCUGCUGCCAGGCGCACGUGCAGACGCACCUGCAGCAGCCGUGCGCCGCGCCGGGGCACCUGCUGGUGGACGCCGAGGAGCUGAGCGCCUGGACGUGCCCCAGCCACGAGGAGUACCGGCUGCUGCACUGCGAGCAGGAGCAGGUGGCCCUGUGCCCGUUCUGCUGCAUGUCCCGCUGCACGGGCCAGAGGCACGCGGUGUGCGACGUGGACACGCAGCGCGUCCAGAUUCAGGCCAUGCUAAUGAGGCAGCAGGAAAGACUGGGAGGCCGUGUUCAGAACAUCGAUGAGCAGCUCAACAAGCUGGAGUCUGACAAGACCCUGAUGAAGGAUGCAGUCUAUGAGCUGAAGGAAUGCGCCAGAGCCCAGUAUCAGAGGAUGCACGCGCUGCUCGAGGCCAGCCAAGCGGAGGCCCUGCAGAUGCUGGAGAGCACUUACAUCACGUACAUGAGGAAGAACUCCCAGCAGGUUCUGCAGCUCAACGAGAAGCGGCAGGAAGCCGAGAAACUCCUGAGCUCGGUGCAAACCUUCUUUAAAAGAGCAGAGAGCGUCAGCUUCAUGAAGAACACAAAGCCCUACCAGCUGCUAAUGGACAGGUCAAACUCACACCUGGCUGGUGCCCUCCCUCCACUUAAAGUGGGCCAGCUCAGCUCUCACCACUUCCUAUCUGACCUUUCAACUCGAGAGAAGAAUUUGAGAAAAAUAUUGGAAGAACCGUUAAAUGAGGCGCCCAUUCUGGAGAUUGUCCAGUCUCACAGUAGCUCUGCCGGUUCCCAACUGGGAUCAGGUUCAGGACUACAGAAGAGGAAAUACGGCAUGGCUUUCCUGGAGAGCGGUGCAGAAAAUCCCACCUCCCACGAUCCUCCGCCUUUGCUCUACAGCGGCAAGAAGCCUUUCCUGUCCGAUCAGAGCCACCGCACCUCAUCUAUUUAUUCCACAGAAGUCCUCCCCCAGAAUCCUCACGGCGGGCCGGGCCACGGCCGGCUCCUGGACACCGCGGCCCAUCACAUGGUGGGUCUGGGCUCCAGCUCUGGCCACCACUCAGGAAAUCUAUUCCCAUCCUCCCACUUCCCGAGUGGAGGCGCCUCGCAACAAGCCAUGUACGAGGGGAGGAAAGUACUGAUGUGCACUCUGAAUAACUGCUGCUGCUCCGGGAGCCCCGCUGCCCGUGCCCAGCCCCCAUACAGCGCAUCCAACUCCUACCCCUCCAUGAACUCGCAGGAGUUCCCCUCGCACGCUUCGCUUCCCGCGAGUCAGCCGCUGCAGCAUUUUCCCAUGAGGGGACUAAUGGAAGCGCCACAGACUCCCAGGCACCCCGACUUCUACGGGCUGUACGGCCAGUCCUCAAACAAGCACUACGGGACCAAGUAACGAACCGGAAUCAGCACUUCUUCAGUUAGGACGCUCAGACUGGAAUCACGUGUCAUGUAUGCUUUUGGUUCUUUUCAUUUUGGACUUCUACCUGUUACCAGGAUUAUGUGUCCAGUAGAGCUUCAGGAUAGUGUUUGAUAUUUUGUCUCGCACCCCUUCUGGGACCCAGGACAGAGUCCCAAUUUGGACAUUUUUAUUUAUUUUCUGUUUCAACUCAAAUAGAAGUGCUGACGUGAGUGAUUUAGUCUUAAACCCUUGUCGGCAGCGACAAAAGAAGAAACAUAUCGCUCACAAGUCCUGGCAUGGGACUCUAGUGCCUAAAAAGACUGUUAACACACUCUUACCUAGCUCUUGAUUAUUUCCUGUUUGCAGCCGAGGGCACCCAGGGAGCCCCUCCUUGCACUCAGAAGUCCACGUGGCUUUAGAAAAACACUGAACUCCAAAUGCUUGUCAGUUUUUUCAUGAUUUUUUAUAGGAGAUUAUGAAUAAACCAAAAUCUGUGAAACAUGUUGAAUUAAUAAACAAGCAUAUUGAAUUA